AUGCUGGACCUGGUCACAGCUAUGCUGGCAUUCCUGGUCCUUCUGCCCCUCGUGGGGAGUAUUAUCUUUCCUUACUUUUGGCAGGACCUGGUCUUUCUCUACUCCAUAAUACGCAUAGGAUACAGAUCUCAGAAGUACCUCCAGCGCAAGCCUCCCUUCACCAUGCUGGACAUCUUCUUGGCCAAAGUCCAGAAACACCCAGAGAAGCCCUUCAUUCUCUUUGAAGAGGAGACCUAUUCCUACCGAGACAUUGACCAGCGCAGCAGCCAGGUGGCCCGCGUGUUCCGGGGCCAUUUGGGGCUGAAAGGAGGAGAAACAGUGGCUGUUUUCUUGAAGAACACCCCUGCCUACACCUGGGUCUGGCUGGGCCUGGAGAAGAUCGGCUGUGCCACAGCCUGUGUCAACUACAACAUCCGACUGAAGUCUCUCUUGCAUGCGUUCAGUUCCUGCAAGGCCAAAGUGGUAGUGACCACUCCAGAAUUGAAAGGUGCCAUUGAAGAUGUCCUGCCUGCUCUGCAGAAGGAAGGGGUGCGGGUUUUCUACUUGAGCAAUGAAUCUCCUACAGAGGGUGUGGCAGCUCUGCUCAGGCAGAUCGAGUCCAGCUCUGCCGAACCAGUGCCUCUUUCCUUCAGAGCCAAUGUCACGCCAUCAUUUGCAUCCAUGUAUAUUUUCACCUCUGGGACCACAGGGCUACCAAAACCUGCUAUCAUCACCCAGAAGAGGCUGUUCAGCGCAAGUAAUCUAUUCCCCAUAUGUAGGGUCCAUUCUGAGGACAUCGUCUAUACUCCGCUUCCCCUGUAUCACAUGGCUGCACUUUCUGCGGUUCUGGGAUGCAUCCACAUUGGCGCUACCUUGGUCUUGAAGUCUAAGUUUUCUGUUUCCCAGUACUGGGAUGACUGCAGACGAUAUGGUGUCACUGUGAUCCAGUAUGUAGGAGAAAUUAUGCGUUAUCUGUGUAAUGCACCAAAGAAGAACAAUGACCGUGACCACAAUGUGCGCAUGGCAAUGGGCAACGGCAUGAGGGCAGACGUCUGGAAGGAGUUCAUGUGCCGCUUUGGACCCAUCCGAAUCUGUGAAUUCUAUGGAGCUACAGAGGGCAAUAUCGGGUUUGUGAACUACCCGGGGAAAGUAGGAGCUGUGGGAAGGACCAGCUACUUAUACAAGAAACUGGUCCGGUAUGAACUGAUUCGCUAUGACGUUGACAAGGAGGCACCUAUGAGGGAUGAGAAAGGGCUUUGUAUCCCAGUGGCUCUGGGUGAGCCUGGUUUAUUGGUGUGCAAGGUUACUGCACAGUACUCGUUUGAAGGUUAUGCAGGGGAUCGUGAGAAAACAGAGAAGAAGAUUAUUCGGGAUGUCCUGAAGAAAGGAGACUCCUACUUCAACAGCGGUGACCUCCUGAUGCAAGACCGCGAAGGCUUUAUAUACUUCCAGGAUCGGGUGGGAGAUACUUUCCGCUGGAAGGGAGAGAAUGUGGCUACCACAGAGGUGGAGGCAACCUUGGCAGCAGUGGACUUCAUUCAAGAAGUCAAUGUUUAUGGAGUCCUGGUGCCAGGACAUGAAGGCAGGAUUGGGAUGGCAGCCAUUCAACUGAAGGAAGGCCUCUCCUUUGAUGGAAAGAAGCUAUAUAUAUUUGCCAAAGAUUAUUUGCCAAAUUAUGCCAUACCAUGCUUCAUUCGUAUCCAGGAGGUCCUCGAGAUCACAGGAACAUUCAAACAGUGCAAAAGUCAGCUGGUGAAGGAAGGAUUCAACCCUGCCAUCAUCAGUAAUCCGCUCUACUUCCUAGAUAUAUCAGAAAAAUGUUACGUGCCAAUGACUCAGCACAUCUAUAGCUCCAUCUUGGAGAAGAAACUAAAGCUGUGAGAGGGGCUCCUAGGCAUAUCAAGUGACUGUCAUCUCAAUGGGCCCAGUGGUGCAACAAGCCCAGGGACAGAUGUAGGUUUGAACUCCUUGAUUUCUUCAGGGAGGGAUUGUCUGAAAUUUAUUUCACAUCUGCCAGCUUGGAACUGUGAGUUUGUUCUUGAGAAUCCUGUCUAUGCAUCAAGGAGGAAUAUGUAUUUUCCUGCCCAGAAAAGAAAUUAUAUACCUCAUUCUUCUGUGAGAUGUUUCUCUGAUGUACAACACAUUGGUAACUUCAGGUUUGCAUGGUCUACUUUGAUUUUAGGGUUAAAACCCCUAGGAUCCCCCAACCAGAGCCUAAUGCAAGAGACAUAUACUUAGCUGAGCUGAAUAUUGCCGGGACUAUCCUUUAGCCCAUUGACUUCAAUUGUCUACUCUAACUCUGGAUGCAAGAAGGAAUCAGCAUAUGGAGCUCAUGCCUGUCCCCAAAAUAAUUAGGGAUGUCAACACUUUGCCAAAUGGUCAUGGCUGAGAAAAGCUAAUAGGCUAAUUCAUAUUUAU